CUUUGACGUGUAUCGCUUGCGACGCAAGUGUUGAUGUGACGUCAACAUUAUUGCUGGGGGGAUAGAGCGUUUACUGAGUAGUGGCGACAUCAUGUUUCAUGGAAUACCAGCAGCAGGUGGAAUGGGAGGAGCCCCAGCCAAUAAACCAGAGCUAUAUGAAGAAGUAAAGCUGUAUAAAAAUGCCAGAGAGCGAGAAAAGUAUGACAAUAUGGCAGAGCUGUUUGCAGUGGUGAAGACACUCCAGGCUCUAGAGAAGGCAUAUAUCAAAGACUGUGUCACUCCAAAUGAGUACACAGCAGCUUGCUCUAGACUGCUGGUUCAGUACAAGGCUGCCUUCAAACAGGUCCAGGGCGCUGAUGUAGGAUCCAUCGACGACUUUUGCAGAAAGUACAGACUGGACUGUCCACUGGCCAUGGAGAGAAUCAAAGAAGACCGGCCAAUCACCAUUAAGGAUGACAAGGGCAACCUGAAUCGCUGCAUUGCAGACAUCGUCUCUCUCUUCAUCACAGUCAUGGAUAAGCUACGCCUGGAGAUCAGGGCAAUGGACGAGAUCCAGCCUGACCUGAGAGAGCUGAUGGAGACCAUGAACAGGAUGAGCAACAUGCCGCCAGACUCGGAGGCCAAGGACAAAGUCAGCCUCUGGCUGACCACCCUGAGCAGCAUGUCUGCGUCCGACGAGCUGGACGACUCUCAGGUGCGGCAGAUGCUCUUCGACCUUGAGUCGGCCUACAACGCCUUCAAUCGCUUCCUGCACUCCCAGUAGACCCACCAAUCAGGCAGCCUCAGCCUCAGCCUCUCCCGCUCCUGUUUGCCUCCUGUCGUCCUACUACACCAUGGUCCCGGGUGUGGCCUAGCAUCAGUCAUCCCCUCUCAAACUCUGUGUGCUCCCCAUCCCACUCUCUACUCUGUUAUAUCCAUUGCACUCCUCCAUGUUGGAACACAGCCGCAUCUUCAGUCUAGUAGUGAAAGAUGCUCUUUAGAACGUUACAACUCCUUUCCCAAACAUGUGUAGGGAGUAUCGACAUGUCAACACCAAGGCCGUGAUUCAAGAAAACUGACAUACCUGGGUAAAUGAAUUUAAUGUAUGUAGUAAAACAUCUACGAAAUGCUCCAUAGUUGUAUUUGUUGUGGAGAAGAAAGCCAAAAGACUAUUCAGUUAGGAGGUUUUAGACAUACAUUACGUUAACUUUACCUGGAUGUUCCAUAGACCUAAGUGCUGCCUACCAUAAAAAAAAACCCAACACAUUUUUCUCCCUCCCAUUACCCUCCCCAUUUCCCCACUGUCUAUUGAUUUCUACGACUUUUGUCUAGUGGAUUUUUUACUCUUCUCUUCUGGCUGGGACAGAGUGGUGUCUCCCUGUCUUUUGAGAAUGUCGGUGUGUUUUAUAAGCCUUGUAACUAAAACAUGGAAUCUAAACGGGAAUAUACCAUUCGGACAAGAGUAAAGUCUGGAUUAGACCGAUUUUUUUUAACCAUAACUGAGGGAAAUCAAAUGCAGAGGCAUGAUUUUUCGUUUCCUUUUCCUGUCUUAAAUAGAAAAUAGAGCUUUGAGAUUCACAUUUCCCCCCAUUUAAAUGUUUUGGACUGUUAGACAGCAUCUAAAGCUAUAAUUCUACUUAUUGGGAUCCAAAAACGGUUUGUAGAAUGAACAGCAGCAUAGGAAGCAAAAAGAUAUGCACAUUUGGCUACCAUUCAGAUGGAAGAAGAUAAACAAGUUGCCUGUUUUUUGUUGUUGUAAAGUUCUGUUUUGACAGCACAUAACUCCAGAAGAAGUUGUGGUAUAUUUGAAAAAUGGUUUGUGACUUCAGCGUUCAUUGUUCUACAUCUGUUCUGAAAGUCAAAACAUGGGAUCCCAUUUUGCAUUUUGUAACUUUUGAGCCUUCCAUAGGAUAUGUUUUAAUGUAAAUAUUCAACUGUUGAUAAGGAAGAUGAAAUGCCUUGUAAACAGUCCAUAGUCAGUCAUGAAAGGCUCACUCUGCUCCUGUGGCAAUGUUGUGACAUCUUGUAAUAGCGUUUGUUUCAUUAUAUUCAUCUAACAUCAUCAUAGGCUCAUACUUUACUUUCUUUGUCAAUAAAAUUCAGCAGUCCUUCCUAAGUCUAGAUCACGUAAUUCGAGGAAGGUUCAACUGUGGGAGUUGUUGGGGUUUUCUUUUUUUAUUUUACAAAAUAUUAACAGUGCAUAUUUAUUUAACUUCCCGCUUUGUAAAUAAAACAAUUUUAAAUAAAGGCAUGUAAACAUUUUUAGAAAUUCUAAAUAAAAACCUACCUCUAAGA